AUGCCUCUGCUCCAGGCAAAACCUUCCGGCAGGGAUUUCCCCCUGUGGCGGCUGCAGCCCACGACAUGUCAGCUCCCAUCACAACACCAGGGCCACUGUUCUGUAUUAGAUGGAAAACCCUGGCCUGGAAAGCAGGACUCUGGAGUUAGCAGCCCCAGCUCUGCACCUUCUUGGUCUCUAGGGCUCAGAACCCCAAUCGCUAACACAGAAACACAGCGCUUUGCUUCCCACCGCUGGGCGCACACCCGGAUAGCCACACAAGCAGGGCGCCGCACACGCCGGCGCCGGGCACACACAGGGCCGCGCGAGCGCACGCCGGGCCCGCCGCAGCGCCGCGGACACACACUCACACGCUCGCACGCUCACACCCGCGCUCACACCGGCGCCCCGCCCGCCGCCUCCCGGGCCGCUGCGGGCAGCGCUCACCCAGCCCGGGGGGGCCCCGGGCCCGGCCCCGCCGCCGCCGCCUCGCUCCGCGCCAUGGUGGGGGGAGGGCCGGGGGAGGGGGCGCGGUGCCGCGGGGCCGCCUCCCUCCCGCCUCCCGCCCUCCCUCCCGAGCCGCCGCCGAGCUCCGCCCUCCGCGCCGCCCGCCGCCGAGCCCCGCCGCCACCUCCGCCGCAAGGGGGGAGGGGGCGCCGACCGGAGGGGGCGGACGGGCGGGGCGGCAGCACACCCCCAAACCCUCCCCCCCAGGACCCCUCUUCAGUGCGGAGCCGCCGCAGGCCCGCCCCUGACCCCUCCCCAGUCCCACCCCCAGUCCUGCCGGCCUCCCCAGAGACCCCCCCAGACCACGCCCCAACUGGCAUGGGGACCACGAUCUCACUACAGAGAACUCAGGUCACGUCCCAAUACCCAAGGGGACCUCAGACCAGGCCUUACUUUUUUGAGGACCUGGACCAUGUUCUAGAGCCACCAAGACCACAAACCAUGUCCUAUUCGCCUUGGUGA